AAGUACGGGCUUCAACUUCAACGUCUCAAAUAAUCUGAAGUGACGUGUUAAUAGAUUUAAUGUUGUUUUAUUCAGUCGACAAUUCAAAGAGUAUCUUGUUUGCAGGUUAGAAAAUUUUUCUGUGCCGGUCAGUUUCAAAGCCUGUUGUUAGUGUUAGAGAGCUUAUCACUUGUCAGCCUCUAAUCUCAGAUAAGUACUGCAAUACUUUCACUAUUUUCUAGAACUGUUAUGACCCAUAAAAUAAGAAAAAUCAUCUGAGCUGAGUCAUAUUAUUGCUAUCCUGAUUGUCUUCACCUUUUACCCAUAUAGUCAUUGAUCCUUCAUUUUCCAGGAGCUUCCAUAUAUUCCUGUCUUGAUGGCUCUCUAGGCUUCAAUCAUCCUUUCUAUAUUCCCUACCCGCAAUAAUAGAAUAUGCUAUUAUUAAAGCUAUUGGAUUAGGCUACAGUUGUGUUUUUCCAUUCAGCUGUUUGCAUUUGGAUAUAAAUCGCGAUCCAUUUUCGCGACAUUUUCUGUAAGUCCGGUUUUGGCUACACACAAUCAUGCUUACACGUACUGGACGCUAUAAUCGUAUAACAAACCUUGAGCAUGAUCUUAAUAAUCUGAGAGAAAAUGUUUUCGAUAGCGGAGUGUUAGAGAUAGCUAUCAAUUUACACGGAAUACUUGACACAAUAUCGCAUAAAUUCUCAAAGGAUGCGGUGAUUGACAUAAUCCCCGAAAUUACAUCACUUUUAAAUAAAUAUGAUGCUUCGGUUAAAGUGAAUGAGGACCUGAAAAGGAUAUUAACCGACGUGUCAUCAGAAAAACUUGCACUAGAGAAAUUACUAUUACAAGAGAAAAAGAACAGAAAAAACGAUUUUGACGAGUCUAUUACCAAUGAGGAGAAAGCAGAUUUUGAAAUUAGUGAACUUAAAUCAAAGCUUAGUUUCAAUAUGACAUCAGUUGAUGAAUUAAAGACUGAAAUUAGUUCCAAAGACGCGAUAAUCAAUUUGUUGAGUAACGAUGCGCAAAAUGCUGCGGAAAAAAUUUUAAAACUGGAAACUGAAUUGAAAUCUAUGAGGAGGAAUUCAAUCGAUUCAUCAAAUAAUAAUGACGAUUUCAUCACUCCGAGAACUACAGUUAGAGCUCGAAACAAUGCAACUUGUGCUAUUAAAUUGAAUAACAGAUUUACAGUACUCUCAGAAAAUAUAUCAACAUCAACUUGCUCAAAUAGGUCUACAUCCGAUAAACUACUGGUCAAGGCGCAAAUACAUAGAUCCACUACACCCGAAAAUAAAUCUUUCUCAAAACGCAGAGUAGUCAACAAUAGCUCCAACAAAAAGAAAAGGAGAGUAACUAUUAUGGCAGAUAGUCAAGGUAAACAAUUGAGUGGAUAUCUGCAGCAUCUCGAUGAUGACUUCGACGUCUUCGUUUACACCAAGCCAGGAGCCAAACUAAAGCAUGUUGUUCAAGAUGGGCUUGUUUUUGUUAGCGAUUUUACUGAGGACGAUUUUAUCAUCAUAUUAGCUGGCUCAAACGAUCAUCACUUGGAUGAACCUUAUCAGCUAACCCUGUUUCAAGGAAUAAGUUCUCUUCUCGAAUUAAACCUGAAAACGAACAUCAUCGUGUGUAGUGUGCCCUUACGGUAUGAUGACCAGCGGCUCAAUGAAAACAUUCUCCACUCCAAUUCCUACUUGUCUCGUAUGGUGCGCAACUACAAUGGCAAAAUGAAGCUUCACUACUUCGAUAUAAACAUCUUCCUCCAGAGAACUCAUUUCACGAGACACGGUCUACAUUUCAAUCGUCAAGGAAAAAGACUAAUUUCAAAACAAUUAAUAACAUUUGUUAAGCAGAAUUUUAUUAAUAAUGUUAACAGCGUGUCUAUGUCCGUUGUAAAUGAGGUUUCCACAAGGCAGCAUACGAUUCAAUCCCUCGAAAUUCCUGAAUCUCCCGACAUUCAAUACAUUGGUUCCUUUCCUGUGACACCCAUCCCACCAAGUUCACCUGCAUCCUGUGACCCAACUCUCGAAGAUACAAUCUUUACAGAGAUAGAUUUUCCAAUUCAAUCCUUACAUCAGUCCAUGAAUAAAACCGAUUUUUUAGACAGUUCAGCAAUUCCUUUUCUCAACAAAACAAUUCAAGUGUUCACAAUUUAAGUAGAAAUCUCAAUGUCUUUUCAA